AUACUGAUUCAUUCAUUUAAUAGUUCAAAAAAUACUUAUAAUUUUACGAGAGUUUUACACAGUUUUAAACCAAGUGUCGUUAUAUUGUAUGAUGCUGAUAUAAAGCUAACUAGACAGAUAGAGAUAUUUAAAGCUACCCGUCGUGAGAUUCCCCUUAAAGUAUAUUUCCUAGUUUAUGAUAGCUCUGUGGAAGAACAGAUGUACCUGGACUCCAUUAAGAGAGAGAAGCAAGCCUUUCAGCAACUUAUUCAGCAAAAAGCUCAUAUGGUUAUACCAGCAGAUAGAGAAGGAAGAGACACUGGUAAUACAUUGUUACAGAGAGGAAGUGGAAGAGGAGAAGAGAAUGGCAAGUCAAAUAGCACCAGAAAAGCUGGAGGAGCCACCAAACAAGAAGAAACAAGACCAAUUGUUAUUGUUGAUAUGAGAGAGUUCAGGAGUUCACUUCCAUCAAUGAUACACAAAAGAGGAAUUGACAUCAUCCCUUUGACAAUAGAAGUAAUGUCAUGAUGAUGAUUAUGAUGA